AUGGCGAGAAAGGCAAAGAGUAUCGCGGACGAUGCUUUUAACGAGCUUUUUCAACCUGAAUACAAGGGAAAACGUUUAACCGACGAAAUCAACACUGCAGAAGAUAAGUGGAAUUUGUUGCCAGCAUUUUUGAAAAUCAAGGGUUUAGUCAAACAACAUUUAGACUCUUUUAAUUACUUUGUUGAUGUGGAUUUGAAAAAGAUUUUGAAUGCAAACUCGCUCGUCUUGUCAGAUGUUGAUCCUGACUUUUACGUCAAGUAUAUAGACAUAAGAGUUGGUCAUAAAUCUACGUCGCCACCAGGAACAAAGGAAGUGAUACUACCACCUCACGAAUGUAGGUUAAGAGAUUUGACCUAUAGUGCUCCAAUAUAUGUUGAUGUUGAAUACACAAGAGGUCGAAAAAUUAUAAGACACUAUGACUUGGAAAUCGGAAGAAUGCCGAUCAUGCUAAGAUCCAAUAAAUGUAUGUUGGACGGAAUGGAUGAUAAAAUGAUGGCCCAGGUUGAUGAGUGUCCUUUAGAUCCAGGGGGGUAUUUCAUAGUGAAUGGUACGGAAAAAGUCAUCUUGGUGCAGGAACAAUUAUCAAAGAAUAGAAUCAUUGUUGAAGCAGAUGAGAAAAAGGGGAUAGUUCAAGCUUCUGUCACAUCCUCUACACAUGAACGUAAAUCGAAAACCUAUGUGAUCACCAAAAACGACAAAAUUUAUCUCAAACACAACUCCAUUAGCGAGGAUAUUCCUAUUGUGAUAGUAUUAAAAGCAGCAGGUGUUACGUCGGAUUUGGAAAUUCUACAACUUGUUUGUGGUUCUGAUCCUAAUUAUCAGGACCUUUUCGUGGUAAACUUUGAAGAGGCUGCAAAAUUAGAAGUGUUUACUCAACAGCAAGCUUUACUUUAUUUGGGAAAAAGGGUAAAGACAAUCAGGAGAGCCGGCGCUCCUAAAUUAUCCCAAUUGCAAGAAGGUAUAGAGGCCAUCGCAACCACUAUAAUUGCCCACUUGACAGUUGUUGAUUUGCAAUUCAGGGAAAAAGCAUUAUACAUGGCAAUGAUGGCAAGGCGUGUAGUUAUGGCCAUGCAUAAUCCAAAAAUGGUGGAUGAUCGUGAUUACGUUGGUAACAAAAGAUUGGAACUCGCAGGUCAACUAAUGUCCUUGCUUUUUGAAGAUUUAUUCAAAAAGUUCAACUCCGACUUCAAAGCUAAUAUCGACAAAAUUUUAAAGAAACCUAGCCGUACGUCUGAAUUUGAUGCAUUAUUGUCAAUCAACAUUCACUCCAACAACAUUACUAUGGGACUAAACAGAGCAAUAUCGACAGGUAACUGGUCUUUGAAACGUUUCAAGAUGGAAAGGGCUGGUGUUACUCAUGUUCUUUCGAGAUUGUCGUAUAUUUCCGCUUUGGGAAUGAUGACGCGUAUCUCAUCACAAUUCGAAAAGUCAAGAAAAGUGUCAGGCCCUCGUGCUUUACAACCUUCUCAGUUUGGAAUGCUUUGUACAGCUGAUACACCAGAAGGUGAGGCUUGUGGUUUGGUCAAGAAUCUAGCGUUGAUGACCCAUAUUACGACAGACGAUGAAGAGGGCCCUAUCAAAAAGUUGUGUACUGCACUCGGUUGUGAAUCUAUUUUAGGUUUGGACUCGGCGACUUUGCACGUAGAAGGAAACUUUGGAGUCUACCUCAAUGGUACUUUGCUAGGUGCUACUAGAUUUCCAGUGAAAUUUGUCACUGACUUCCGUCGAUUGAGAAGGGCAGGUAAAGUCUCUGCAUUUGUAAGCAUUUACACUAAUACACAUCAACAAGCUGUGCAUAUUGCAACUGAUGGUGGAAGAAUUUGUCGUCCGUUGAUCAUCGUGGAGAAUAAUAAAUCCAAGGUUGAAGCAAACCAUUUGGCCAAAUUGUUGAAUGGUGAGUGGGAGUUUGACGACUUUUUGAAAGAGGGAUUAGUCGAGUACCUCGAUGUGAAUGAGGAAAACGAUUCAUUGAUUGCAUUAUACGAAAAGGACAUUGGCGAAAACCCCAAUGCUACAGUUACUCAUUUGGAAAUUGAACCCUUUACCGUACUAGGGGCCGUUGCUGGUUUAAUUCCUUACCCACACCACAAUCAAUCUCCUAGAAAUACAUAUCAAUGUGCGAUGGGUAAACAAGCUAUAGGUGCCAUUGCUUAUAACCAAUUCAGGAGGAUUGAUACUUUACUUUACUUUAUGGUUUACCCACAACAACCUAUGGUGAAGACAAAGACAAUUGAACUCAUCAAUUAUGAUAAAUUACCAGCUGGUCAGAAUGCUACUGUGGCGGUUAUGUCCUAUUCAGGUUACGAUAUUGAAGAUGCUUUGGUGCUCAACAAAUCAUCUUUAGAUAGAGGGUUUGGAAGAUGUCAAGUUGUUCGAAAAAAUACUGUUCAAUUGAAAAAGUAUCCAAAUCACAGUAAAGAUAUAUUGUCGGGGAUGAGAGUGGAUGAAAAUGAUGAACCUAUUUUUCCACACCAAGCUUUGGGUCCAGAUGGUUUGGGUGAAGUUGGAAGUAAAAUUGAAAAUGGGCAAGUUUUUGCCAACAAAUGUGUUCCAACCAACUCUGGUGAUUCGAGUUUGGGACAGCCUCAACAAGUGGAAAGCCAUCGAGAAGCACCAUUGUUUUACAAAGGACCCGAGCCAUCUUAUGUUGAUCAAGUUAUGAUGUCUGUCAGUGACAACGAUCAGGCGUUGAUCAAAGUGUUGCUCCGACAGACCAGAAGACCAGAAUUGGGAGAUAAGUUUUCUUCAAGACAUGGGCAGAAGGGUGUCUGUGGAAUCAUUGUCCAGCAAGAGGACUUGCCAUUCAAUGACGACGGUAUAUCUCCUGAUAUUAUUAUGAAUCCACAUGGUUUCCCAUCUCGUAUGACGGUUGGUAAAAUGAUUGAAUUGAUAUCAGGAAAAGCAGGUGUUUUGAAUGGGUCUUUGGAAUAUGGUACUUGUUUUGGUGGGUCAAAAUUGGAAGAGAUGUCAAAGAUUCUUGUUGAAAAGGGAUUCUCAUAUUCCGGUAAAGACAUGUUGUAUUCAGGAAUCACAGGAGAGUGUUUGCAAGCAUACAUUUUCUUUGGUCCAAUCUAUUAUCAAAAGUUGAAGCAUAUGGUGUUGGACAAGAUGCAUGCGAGAGCAAGAGGUCCAAGGGCAGUAUUGACUAGACAGCCAACAGAAGGUAGAUCUAGAGACGGUGGUUUGAGAUUGGGAGAAAUGGAAAGAGAUUGUGUUAUUGCGUAUGGUGCUUCUCAAUUACUUUUGGAAAGAUUAAUGAUAUCUUCAGAUGCCUUUGAAGUGGAUGUCUGUAACAAGUGUGGAUUGAUGGGAUACAAUUCAUGGUGUACCACAUGCAAAAGUUCUGAAAAUAUCAUAAAGAUGACAAUUCCGUACGCGGCAAAAUUACUAUUCCAAGAAUUGCUUUCCAUGAAUAUAGCUCCAAGAUUGAGGUUGGGUGAUGUUUUUUAA